AUGUCGUCUGUAUCUAUCAUCGCCGUCGCUUCCUCUUCCUCCUCCUCCUCGUCCCCCCACCAUUACCACCACCACCACCACCAUCAACAAGAUUCUUUAUUGCAAAUGAACAUCAGAUCAAGGGAAGAAAUGGAGUCUGGACAAUAUCCCGUGCGAGAAGGUGAACCAGAUUGUAUAUAUUAUAUUCGAACAGGUCUGUGUAGAUUUGGAGCAACAUGCCGAUUUAAUCACCCCCCUAAUAGGAGCCAGGCUAUUGACGCAUCAAGGAUAAAAGGCGAGUAUCCAGAAAGAAUAGGACAACCAGAAUGUCAGUAUUACUUGAAAACGGGGUCCUGCAAGUAUGGAGCCACGUGUAAGUUUCAUCAUCCUAGAGAUCAGGCUGGGAUUGCUGGAAGAGCUGCCCUAAAUGUUAUGGGUUAUCCACUUCGCCCGAAUGAGGUGGAAUGUGCUUAUUAUAUGAGAAAUGGACAGUGCAAGUUUGGAAGCACUUGUAAAUUCCACCAUCCUCAGCCGAACAACAUGAUGGUCCCCUUACAUGGUUCUUCUGUCUAUCCUCCUAUCCACUCUCCAACAACUCCUGGUCAGCUGCAAUUUUCCUUGUCAAAAACUUCUUUUAUUCCCAGUACACGGUGGCAAAGCCCUUCGGGUUAUGCACCGCUGAUUAUGCCUCAGGGAGUGGUGUCAGUCUCAGGAUGGAACGCAUACAAAAGUCAUCCGGGUACAAUUUCAUCUUCAGAAAGUCUACAAUCAUUAGCAGGAAAUCGUGAUAAUCAUUAUAUCCCACACCAGAGUGAGGCAGACAAUAUGGGGGAUCAAUUGCAUUCUGGUUCCAUACCUGUGGGUUAUUAUGCAUUUCAUAGAGAGAAUAUGUUUCCUGAGAGACCUGGUCAGCCAGAGUGCCAGUUCUAUAUGAAGACUGGGGACUGCAAAUUUGGUUCAGUAUGUAAAUUUCAUCACCCUAGAGAAAGACUCAUUCCUGUUCCGGACUGUUUCCUGAAUCCAAUAGGACUUCCCUUGCGGCCUGGGGAACUUCUGUGUAAAUUCUAUUCUCAAUAUGGAAUCUGCAAGUUUGGUCCAAGUUGCAAGUUUGACCAUCCAAUGGAGGUUUUAUCACACAGCCCUGCUGCAUCAUUGCCAACAGAUUCUCCAGCAAUUCAUCGUUUGUUGGCUUCAUCAUCAGGGACCGGUGCUUUACAUUUGUCAUCAGAAGGGCACAGGGAGGCGGGCUCCACAAGCAACAGGCGACAAUCUUUGUCGGAGGCAAGACAGAUACCCUCUGGUAGUAAUGACAUCGAGCCACAGUGA